AUGAAUGAUGAAACAAGGGAGCAUGGCUUCAAAGAAUACAAAUCAAUUUUGGACAGUUUGAAGAAUUCUUUUGAAAAUAAAUGGAAAGUGGAUUCCACGUCAUCAAAAAACGAACCAACAGAAUCUUCAUUAAACGAUUUUGAACGAAUCAGAACUCUUGGCACUGGAGCUUUUGGCCGUGUAAUGUUAGUCAAGCAAAAACAAUCAUCACGUUAUUACGCAAUGAAAAUUUUAGAAAAAUCCAAAAUCAUCGAACUCAGUCAAGUAACUCACACAUACAACGAAAAAAGAAUUCUCCAAUGUCUCAAAUUUCCCUUCGUCAUUUACAUGGAAUAUUUUUUCAAAGACAAUUCAUACAUUUACAUGAUCCUUCCGUUUGUGAGUGGCGGUGAAAUGUUCAAUUAUUUGAAGCAAAUGGGAAAAUUCGAUGAGAAUACUGCAAAAUUUUACGCCGCUCAGGUAACAUUAGCUUUAGAAUAUUUGCACUUUUGCGAUGUCGUUUAUCGUGAUUUAAAACCCGAAAAUAUUCUAAUCGAAAGAAAUGGAUAUUUGAAAUUAACAGAUUUUGGUUUCGCAAAAAUAAUUGAGGGAAGAACGUGGACAUUGUGCGGAACACCAGAAUAUUUGGCACCGGAAAUUAUUCUCUCCAAAGGUUAUGGAAAAGCUGUUGACUGGUGGAGUUUUGGUGUUUUACUCUAUGAGAUGAAUAUUGGCUAUUCACCGUUUUAUUCAUCGAGACCAAUGAAAAUUUACGAGAAAAUUGUCAUUGGAAAGUAUAAAGUUCCAACUAUAUUCAGCAACGAUUUAAAGGAUCUUUUAAAGAAUAUUUUACAAGUUGAUUUAACGAGACGAUAUGGGAAUUUGAGGAAUGGUUCGAUGGAUAUUAAAAGACACUCUUGGUUUAAAUCAAUCAAUUGGAUUCAAAUUUACAAUCAGGAUGUUCAGGCUCCUUACAAGCCAGUUUGCAGUCAUUUGGGCGAUUCCAGUAAUUUUGAGCACUAUCAGGAAGAAUCUCUCAAGAUUGAAAGUGUUGAUCGUUUUCCUCAAGAAUUUGCCAAUUUUUGA